UAAAGACACAAAGAAGUGAAGAUUUCCUGCUUGAAUCUGCCUGUUCCAUUUCUUCUGCGACUAAACUGAAAUGCCUGUAGAGCCUCGAUCGAUCAGAGACAGGUCUGCCGUUGGUCGUUUCCCGUCCGUCACUCUUGGGUUUGGAGACGACACAGACGAAGAGUUAGAAAAGGAAGAAUUAGAAGAAGAAGGAGAUAAAAAAGAGAAUGGCUGUCUGCGCUGGCUGCGUAAAGUCUGCCCGUGCUGCUGCCCAAAAACCAAGGACGAUGAUGUCACAGAAACGGAGGUCACGGGCCUGGACGACACAGAGAAAGAGGAAGGAGUGAACAAACCUACGACUGAAGACAAAGAGCUGAACAAGCUCCUCCUGAACGUCUUAUCCAUCGAUUUGAUGAAAAGUAAAUCAGGACAGAACCGCCAGGAGCACCACACGGAUCUGUACCAGACUGAAAACCUCAUUAUUCGUAGAGGACAGACGUUCCAGAUGUGGAUCACUCUUUCUCGACCUUUUAACCCCAGCUCUGAUGAACUACGCCUGGAACUGAAAACAGGCUCUCUGCCAACUGUGGCGAAGGGAACCCACGUCAUCAUCCCGCUGGUGGAGGAGUUGCAGGAUGGCUGCUGGGAGGCAGCCAUCGUGGAGAAAGACAACAAAAGGAUAAAAAUGUCAGUGAAUUCUCCUCCCGAUGCUGUCAUCGGCCGAUAUCAACUCACCGUGGAAACGAACUGUCCGGAUGGCCAAGCUGUCUCCACACAUAACCCUGAUAACGACAUCUACAUGCUGUUCAACCCCUGGUGUGAAGACGACACCGUGUUCAUGGACUCUGAGGACGAGCAGCAGGAGUACGUCCUGAAUGACAUUGGACGGAUUUACUACGGCACGCAGAAUCAGAUCGGAGUGAGGACAUGGAACUACGGACAGUUUGAUGACGGGAUUCUUGCCGUGUGUCUCUUUGUCCUGGAAAAGAGUGGAACUCAUUCAUCUGGUUGGCGAGAUCCCAUUAAUGUGGUUCGAAUCAUCUCAGCCAUGGUGAACUCGCCUGAUGAUGAUGGCAUCCUGGAGGGAAACUGGUCUGGAGAUUACUCACUGGGAACCAGUCCGGCAGUGUGGAGUGGGAGUGUUGAAAUCCUGACUGAAUACCACAAAAACAAGGGAACUCCAGUGAGAUACGGGCAGUGCUGGGUCUUUGCCGGUGUCGUCACUACAGUUUUACGAUGUUUGGGCAUCCCCAGUCGAACUGUGACAAACUUCGACUCAGCUCACGACACAGACGUCUCUCUGACCACAGAUGUUUACCUGGACGAGAACCUGGACCCAUUAGAGCACCUCAACUCUGACUCCAUCUGGAACUUCCACGUGUGGAACGACUGCUGGAUGGCCCGGCCUGACUUACCUGCAGGAAACGGAGGCUGGCAGGCCGUUGACGCCACGCCUCAGGAGACCAGCCAGGGAACUUUCCGCUGUGGACCGGCAUCCCUCGCUGCGGUCCGUAACGGUCAGGUGUUCCUCAAGCAUGACUCUCCAUUUGUGUUCGCUGAGGUAAACAGUGAUAAAAUCUACUGGCAGAGGAACGUAGACGGGACCUUCAGUAUGAUCUACAGCGAGAAAAAGAAGGUUGGACACUACAUCAGCACCAAGGCUGUCGGCUCUGAUGACCGCAUGGAUAUCACACACCUCUACAAACAUCCUGAAGGCUCAGAGGAGGAACGUAUCGCCGUGGAAACGGCCUGCAGCUACGGCUCCAAAGCAGAGGCGUAUUCGUCCCCGACAGCCGAGGACGUCUCCGUGGAGGUGACCAUGGACGGAGGAGGUCCCAGGAUGGGGAAAGACGCCGAGCUGACCAUUAUUUUGACAAACAGCAGCUCAGAGGAGCGCAAGGUGAUGCUGCACAGCCAGGUGGCCGUCAUGUACUACACCGGGGUCCACAAGGCCACCGUGAGGAGGGACCGGACCGACGUGGAUCUGCUGCCUAACCAGAAAAAGAUUUUGGAGUGGACCCUGGCUUACAAAGACUACAAAGACCAGCUGAUAGACCAGGCGGCUCUGAUGCUGACGCUGUCAGGCCGGGUCAGAGAGACUCAGCAGGUCCUCGCCACGCAGUUCAGCUUCAGGCUCAGGACGCCAGACCUCAGCAUCAAGCCGAUAGGGAAGGCGGUGGUCGGACAAAAGAUGUCUGCAGAGAUUUCCUUCACUAAUCCGCUGCCUCAGACGCUGAAAAACGUCACUUUCCACUUGGAGGGCCUCGGUCUCCUAACAGCCAAAAUGAUUCAUUACGGAAACAUCGGCAGCCUGGCGUCCGUGACUCUGACCGAGCACUUCGUCCCCUCGCUGCCUGGGACGAGGAAAUUAGUGGCGUCUUUGGACUGUAAGCAGCUCACGCAGGUUCACGGAGUGACUGACGUUGAGGUGAGGGAGUAACAGAGCCGUAUAACCAGAGGAGCUCUGACACUGAAUUCUAGGACUCAUUUCCUCCUUAUGGACACUGAAUCUACUUUAUAUGUCAUUUAUAUGUAAAGUCAGGGUUUGAAUUUUCUCCACUACUGAAAAAGAAGCAGUAAAUCAACCUAGUUUUAUUCAAAAGAACCAGUAUUACACCAAACGGCUUUAUAUUUGAAUGACGGCGUGAAUGUGACUUUAUACGUCUGUUAGAGGAGGAAAAGUCCGACAGCUGCAGAAGUUUGUUAAAGAGAUCAUAUUUUAUAUUUAUAUAAAGAACAUAUUUAUUUAGCUGUUGCCAGUGAGAAUCAUGUUAUUCAAAAAUGUAAAUCCUGCUCUGGGGGCUUUUGUAUUAAUAAAACAUAACU